GUCAGGAAGAUCGCCGCGGCGCUGUGGCGGGUGCACCCGCCGCAGGCGCCGCCGCGGGAGUCCGGGGAAGCGCGACGGCGGUUCGAGCCUAACCCGAAGCCUCUGCACACGCCGGACCGGUGCAAUUACUAUAAAACUGUCCUGGAAGGCAGGUCAGGAAGAAAGCCUCUUGUCAAUGGCAGCAUUCAUGAGGUGGGAGGUUACUCUCCGUCACCUCGAAUCGAAAUGGAGGUGGCAACCAAGUGGGACCGUCGGUACCUGAACACAUUGAGGGACGCCGACUACGACUCCUUUGACCAAUAUCCAGUGACUGCUGAUGAGGAGGUCUCUGCACUAAAAGCAGAGGUUAUGCAGGCCCGCAGCCGGAUUCAUGAGCUGGAAGCUGAGAGUCGGUCUGCAAAGAAAAAGCUUGAUCACAUGUUAAGGGGCCUUUCCGAGGAAAAGGCUUCCUGGAGGAGCAGGGAGCAUGAUAAGGUUCGGGACAUCUUUGAUGGUGUUAAAGAGGGUCUGAACCGGGAGAGGAAGAACCGACAAAGGGCAGAACUUAUGAAUUCCAAGUUGGUCAGUGAGCUAUCCGAGUUGAAGUCUGUAGCAAAGCGGUACUUGCAAGAUUAUGAAAAGGAGAGAAAGGCCAGGGAGCUUAUGGAGGAGGUGUGUGAUGAAUUAGCAAAGGAGAUCGCGGAAGACAAAGCUGAGGUUGAGGCUCUGAAGAGUGAAUCUAUGAAGAUGAGAGAUGAGGUGGAGGAAGAAAGGAAGAUGUUGCAGAUGGCUGAGGUUUGGCGUGAAGAGAGAGUUCAGAUGAAGCUUGUUGAUGCAAAGCUGACUCUGGACAGCAAGUAUUCACAGCUGAGCGACCUUCAGUCUGAGAUCGAAGCUUUCCUCAGAAGCCACCGAGGAAAUAGCGUAGAUAAGGAAACAGUGAGAGAUGCAGAAAUGCUCAAGGAAGCAAUUUGCUCUAUGAAGCUUCAUGAUAUCAAGGAGUUCUCUUACAAACCACCACCUGCUUCAGAGGACAUUUUUGCUGUAUUUGAGGAACUCAGACAGAGGGAAGAUACUAGUGAGAAGGAGAUUGGGCAGUGCAACGGAGAUACCCCCAUCAGUCAUGCAACACAGAUCCAUACAGUGAGUCCUGAAACUGACAUCUUCCUGGAGAAACCAUCAAAGAAGUAUCCCCGCCAACCCUGUGCAAGAAAUGAAGAGGAAGAUGAUAGCGGAUGGGAAACUGUUAGCCACGUCGAUGAGCAUGGCUCUAGCAACUCACCCGGUGGAAGUGAACCGUCAGUAAACGGCUUCGGUGGACAAAAUGGUGCAUCAGUGAGUGGAACAACGGACUGCGAUGACUGCAGGUCAAAUAGUGAGAUCAGCGAAGUCUGUUCGACAACAGCAGAGAAGUUCCGGAAGAAAGGGUCUUCUUUCGCCAGGCUCUGGAGGUCAUCAAACGACAAUGGUCGCAAGAAAAUAGGAUCAGAACUGACGAACGGUAGGCUCUCAAGCGGCAGAAUAUCGAACUCCGCUCUCUCACCCACUCUGAAGGGCAGCGAAGUGUGCACGGUCUCACCAAGCGUAGGCGAGUGGAGCCCGGAGUCGGUAAACCCUCACGUGGUUCGGGCAAUGAAAGGGCGCAUAGAGUGGCCCCAAGGCGCGCAGAAGCACAACCUUAAGUCCGGCCUUAUGGACUCGAGAGUCGACAGCCGCAAGCUCCAGCUCCGUCAAGCAUUGAGGCAGAAGAUAUAGCAUGGCCCGGUCAGACGCUAUCUUCUAUGGCUGAACAUAGAACUACCUUGCCUGGUAAGGGGUACCUGUCCUGGAAGAAGAAUCAUCGCAUUAUUGGCCCUGAAAAAUAUUGGUGCUAUCACCUGCUGUACCUAAUUGAAUUUCUGAUAGCACUUAGCUCGCUUAGAAAAUCCACGACGUCCUUGUAAUCAGAUGUAAUAGUCAUAAUUUUGUAUCAAUGCAUUACUUGAUCAAGUCUAUAGCUUCUUCCUUUAUGACUACUUGGUUCUGUUUCUGUGGUUGAAAAUCUGACAUACUGUAUAUUAUCCUAGUAUCACUUCACUA